AUGGAAACUGUGGUCAGAGAUCGUCUCUCCUCCUACUUGGAAGAGCGCCACAUUUUCGCCGACUCUAUGUACGUCUUCAGACCCAAGAAAUCUUCGCGGGACAUACUCCUACAACUACACCACGAGAUACUUACUCCCGUAGAACACCCUCAUAACGACAAGAUCAUUCUAGCGCUUGACCUUAAGGGAGCCUUCGAUAACGUCAAGCACGAAGUCAUCCUAGCGCACCUGAGUGCCACUCACUGUGGCGAGCGCGCCUUCAAUUACACCCGAAAUUUUCUUACUGACCGAACUGCAUACAUUCGCAUCCAAGAUCAGGAAUACGGCCCCUAUCAUCUAGGCACGCGAGGCUCACCACAGGGCGCUGUGUUGUGGCCUCUGCUUUUCAACUUGGCUAUGGUGCAGCUCCCGGCCCGCCUGGCUGCUGUCGACGCGGUAAAGCAUGCGCUUUAUGCCGAUGACAUCACCCUGUGGGCCACAGAGGGAAGCCUGGGCGACAUGGAGGACAGCCUGCAAACCGCAGCCCAUGUAGUGGAGGAAUAUGCGGCAUGCUGCGGCCUCCAAUGUUCCCCACAGAAAUCAGAAUUCGUGCACAUUCGGCCUUCGCCAAAACGCACUUCGUCCAUUAGCCUUUCCCUGCUCAGUGGACCAAUUAAAGAGGCACAGGAGAUCCGUGUCCUUGGACUCUACAUUCACAAACACCGCCGAGUCGAGACAACACUUCACAAACAUCGCCUCUGCCUGUACUGUGCGGAGGUGGCUGACACCUACCACAUAGUAUGGGCAUACCAGCUCAAUCUUUCUUUACCCCCGAACCCCAACCCAGCCCGAGAGGACUGGGAGGCGGCCCUGCUCGGCUGCCAGGACCUUCCGGCCCAAAAAGUCAUGGCCCGGCGUGUCAGGACAGCGGUCACGACCAAUAGGGUCUCUGACUAG